GACAUCACCACAACCAUCACUCCCACAUCGUCACUCACAAUGGCUUCCGCCGGGCUCGUCUUUUCCAGCCAUGCAUUCGGCGACCACGAGCGUCAAGAAGUCGCCGUCUGGGAAUGGAAAGAAGCAAAAAGCGACGGAUAUUGGCUCAUUUAUAUCCACGGCGGCUUCUGGUGGUUUCCACACCAGAGCUUUGGUGACUUUACGGCGUCGAUGAAGCACAUGACUGCUCCGGGAUAUCCUGCCCGCUCGUCCAUCCGCGGCUUCAUCUCACUCGACUACCGCAUCACCAACCCUGAGGAGAGCGGCAGCGUCAAGUACCCCGAGCCCCUCAACGAUGUGGUUGCCGGCCUGUCUAUGGUCGCUGACAAGGUUGGCCUUACUAACGACAACUACAUCCUGAUCGGCCAGUCCGCCGGUGCCGCGCUCGCCUUCCAGCUGCUCAUGGGCAUGGCAUCCGAGGCCAUUCCGCGCCCUCCGCUGCCAACUGCCAUUAUUGGUGUUUCGGGCCUCUAUGACCUAGUGCGACUCAACGACCAUGCCAAGGGCGAAUAUGCAAAGUACAUCACCGCUGCGUUUGGCCCCAACCAGCGCGACUGGCAGAACGCAUCGCCUGCCAAGUUCAAGGGGCAAUACCGCAAACAGUGGCCCGGCGACCGAUGGGUGGUGCUGGCGCAUUCUACGGAAGACCAGUACUUGGAUGUUGGCGAGAUGGAUAGUAUGCUGGCUAGGCUCAAGAUGGAGGACAUCCCCGUCCACGACGUUCGCAACUUGACCGGCAAGCAUGACUUUGUCUGGGAGGAAGGCUCACAGAUUGCCCAGCUUGUGGCCGAGCUGCUACCCAAGCUGCCCAAAGUAUAAAAAGAAACAUUAACUGUAUGUAAAUUAUUUGUACGUAAAUAUAAACAACUAAACGAGCAUGGGUCUGUGCAUGAACACACAAACCCUCCUCGCUAAAUGCAAUGCAGGCAAAAUGCUUUUGGUAUCUCAAUCUUUUCAGUCAUUAGUUUUUCCCGCCCAUCACCUGUUUUAUUUUUUUUUUAAAUCUUGGCCGCCCACUUCCAUCCAGUGCACGAGAUGCGGCAUGCUACAAAGACGAUGCCUGCUGCAAGCAUUACGCCGCCAGCCCAGAGCUGGGCAACCAUGUACUGGCCAUGCAUCUUGUCGAGAAUGACACCAGCUGUGGGUGUA